UGACAAGUAUUAUUCGAAAACUGUCAAAUACAUUGUACAUGUAAAUAGAUACCGGCGCUGGCGAUAAGUAUACUCAUUAACCUACUAGACUCACGAAAAUUGAUUUAUGUAAGCAAUUUCCAGUUAUUUACUAACAGGCAUUCACUUUUGUGUGGUCUUGUGCUGUUUGGGCGGAGCAGAAGUUUAUGGAGAAAACCCCAACUGUCCGAUAAAAUGACCACCAACAUGCGCCGGAAGCGGGGUUCCGAGCAUUCCUCGUGAUGUAACAUCAGUGCAUAUGUACCCUUAAUGAGCAUGGUGGGGUAACCUUUGCGAGGAUUUUGGACGCAUGAGACCAAGUCUGAAAACAGGGAGUGAUGUGUCAUAUAAUGUCCUAUCCAAACACCUAUCUCGGAAAAGAUCGGACGCCGAGAUCCAUCGAAACUCUUCAAACAUUCUUUCCAACCUGGCAUACUUUGAGGUCAUUUUGAUUCUUUUGGUUUUUAAGAAAAACAAGGGAGGUCACAACUUUGGCGCCAAAUUUGACAUAUUCCAGCUAGUACUAGUAGCAAUGGAGAAACAUCCACUGUAUGGGAAGAAGAAAAAAAAGAAAGUGCCAUGCCCAAACCCUUUGUUUGAACAAUGGUUGAAGGAGUGGCGGGAUUCUGCUGCAGAGAAGAACAUGAAAAGCCAAUAUACGUAUGGAAAAGCGUUGAAAACGCUACAAAAGUUUCCGUUGAAGCUUGAGUCUGGCAAAGAUUGCAAGAUUUUGGAAAACUUUGGUGACAAGAUCUGUAAGAUGCUAGAUGACAAGCUGGCAGAGCAUAUAGCCAUGUACGGCACCACCGAGCCCGUGGGACAGUCAGGCGUGGACUCAUCUGAUGAGGAUAGCUUGGAGCCCGAAGUCAAGCGUACUGCAGUGCCCCGCAGUCACCUGGUCACAGGUGGCAGACCUCAUGAGCUGUCAGACAGUGAGACAGAAUCAGCACAACCUUCCAAGAAGAGACAGAAAUCAGGCAGAAAGAGUGGGGAGUAUGUGCCAGCCUACAGAUCUGGCCCUUAUGCCCUCAUUGUCACCCUCUACAGAGAUAUUCAGGACCCUAACUCUCGUGGCUACAUGACCAAGGAAGAAUUGAUAAGUUGUGCGCAACCCCUUGCUGAUAAAUCCUUUUCUUUGCCUGACCCUGGUUGCCGAUACACUGCCUGGUCUUCCAUGGGCUCACUGAUCAACAAGGGGCUGGUGGUCAAAGAGCGCAGUCCAGCAAGGUACAAUCUGACUGACGCUGGAGUCCUGCUUGCCCAGAGGAUAGAGGCAGUGCAGGCGACUGGGGAACAUCUGAACGCUAAUGGCUCUGUACAGUUCCAAUCAAUGGACACGCCUCCAGGCCUUGCCCCGCCCUCCAUCUUGCCGAAUAUGCCGUCCAGUGCUACAGGAACUGUGUCAAUGGAUGAGGCACUGAAGAAGAGGAGUUUACCCAGGAUGCCCUGGGAUGAUGAUGAUGACGCCGAGGAUUACAGUGGAUUGAUUAAUGAAGGGUCUUACACUGAUGCCCAUUUUGUUUCAUCGCGGUUGCAGUACUGUUAUGUCUCAGAUGAAGGCACUGAAGAAACCAACAAGGAUAGAGCUGCUGUCACUAUUGAUGGGGUGCUUGGUGUUGGAUUUCUGGUCAAGUGCAGCUACUCAGCACUACUGCAGUCAGGACUAAAGUUCAAACUGGAACCUACUCGCCCGGUGGUAGGGGACUGGGCCUACGCCUAUCUCUCCAACACAGACACUGCAGAUGUGGUUGCCAUGGCUCCCAAGCAGACGACAGAUUUACAACCUACAUCUGUUUCAGAGCCAAUCUCUGCAAUGCCAGUCAAAAGUAAAGAACCUAAACAACCAAAGCCUUCAAAAUCAAAGAUAAAUAAUUCCACCUCACCACAAUUACUUCCCCUGGUAAAAUCUUCAGUAUUAGAAACCAUGAAAAGCCCCCCAAAGUCAUCAGGGAGUAUGGACACAAAUGUGGUAUUCAUCGAUUCUGAAGAAAGUUCCCUGGAUUCCCUUCCUCCAUUGCCAAAAUCAAAACACACAUUUCAAGCAAGAAAGAAUCAACAAAAUUUAGUCAAGAAACCUGUGGAGAAUGGGUACAGCAGUAGAAGUUGUGACGCAGUGAGCAUUUUUGAUCGCUUGAAGACAGGCAGUGCAUCUCUAUCAGUUGAUUCACAGGCCAGUUGUUCUCAGAAUUCUAUCAAGAGUUUAAGCUCUAUUGGAUCUGAUGCCACGGACCAAACGCCAUUGUUUGUGCUGAGACCAGGAGAGUUUGAUAUCGUGCUGUGCAUUGACAACGCUGAAUUCUAUGGCUCGAGCAAGGGCAGCAGUAAGACCCUGUUCCCCGACCUCAUCAAGAAUGGAGUGGAGUGUGACCUCAGGAAGCUGCAUGUUGGUGAUAUCCUGUGGGUUGCUAGGGAGAAGACCCGGCUGGCACCAGGUGUUCUAGGGAGGCCAGCAGGUAGAGAGCUGGUGUUGAACUACAUCAUAGAGAGGAAGAGGAUGGACGAUCUUGUAAGCAGCUGUAUAGACGGCCGCUACAAGGAACAGAAGUUCCGACUGAAGGCGUGUGGUCUGCACCACCCCAUGUACCUGAUAGAGGAGUAUGGCUCCAUGCAGCACUUCAGCCUGCCUGAGGCCACUAUCAAGCAGACCAUAGCCAACACACAGGUGAUAGAUGGGUUCAAGGUGAAGAGGACAAGGGACUCCAAGGAGAGUGUUGCAUUCCUCACCAUGUUCACCAGAUACCUACAAAGCUGCUUCAGAGAUAAGACCCUGUACUCCUGCAGUAUUGAUGAUCUAAAGGAAACCAAGCUGGUAACAAAGGUUGAUGAUCUAGAACAGAGGCUUCCUGUGUUUGAUGAGUUCAACAAGGGAUCGGUGAAAACAAAGGCAUUGACGGUGCGUGAGAUGUUUGGGAAGCAGCUCAUACAGCUCCAUGGAAUGUCUGCAGACAAGGCCAGGGCCGUGAUCAACCUGUACCCCACACCCUCACACCUCUAUAAAGCAUAUGAGAAGUGUGCUACUGAAAAGGAGAAGGAAAACUUGCUGUCAACGUUGAAAUGUGGGAAAGCUCUCAGGAACCUUGGCAGUCAACAGAGCCGUCAGAUCUACCAACUGUACAACACGCGUUCUGCACUCAAGUAACAUCCCUACACCAAAGCUUCUUUGAGCCAAAUUUACACAUUUAAUUGCAAUUAUUUUAAGUUGUAUGCAUUAUUCCAUGUAAAUUUGUUUGAGCAUGUAUGUUGCAAAAAUAUUUACUUGAAAGUCAGUUAAUAAAAUGUAAUUUUUCAGAAACAAUAAUAAUAACAAAUACAUUUCUAAUCUAAUACUAGUACAUAUGUAUUUUUAUUGAAUGUUGAUGAAAUUCAAUUUAAAUAAGCAGUGUUUACUAAAUGAUAUUUUUAACAUGUUUUCAUGUUGUUUGUUAUCUUGUACCCUCAAAUAUUUUUGCCUUCAUACAUUUGAAGUGUAUUGACAAUAUAAUUAUGGUGUAGUUAAAUUUAUUUUUUAAUACCUUGUAUUUUUUGUGAUGCAUGUGACUUUGUUUGUUAGGUGAGUUUUUAUAAAGAUUUGUGUAUUCUGAAUUGACUUUCCAUUAACUCUAUAAAUCACUGAAAAUUGACUUGGUUCAAAUACCUGUUGUUGUUGUUUUUUUUUCGUAAGAAGCAUUUUUAUUAAAUACAAACUAUCAAUCUAUUUUAAUGUGGCCAAUAUUUGUACCUGUUUGGCUCCUAUAUGGACAUACAAUAUAGGUCCCAUAUGAUUGCAAUAUGGGCAUGCCCACAUGGGACCAAAAUGUGGAUGUUUGCAUUGUUAUCUCUGGCGUUACUUCUAUUUUAUAUUGAAGUUGAGGCAGUGAUAAGCAGUCAUGUAUUUACAAAAAAUCUGUUUUAUAAACAAAAAACAGUAUGGUUAAUGUCAUAAAGGUAAGAUAAUUAAUUGGAUUGCCUGUGUCAUUUUGUAUCUAGUCAUAGUAUUUAUUUCUUAUCCUAUUUACAGUAUAUUUGCACUUUUUGGCACUGUGGUCAUGAAGAUACAUUAGUUACUCACUUUGUUUUACAGUUUUCUCCACAAGUAUUGUGUUUAUUGUUUUUCGUUGACAAUGUUUGUGUUAAAAACUUGGAGGUUUAGUGUCCUUACUUUCAAAUCACUGGAUUGUUGUCAUUUGGGUCAUUUGCUAAUGAAAUUGGGGGUUUUGUUUGUUUUUCUAUCUUUCAAAUUGUUAUGUUUUUUAAAACCCAUACAUUUUUAACACAUGUUGAAGUAUGUUAUCUUUAUGAUUCUACUUUUGCGGUGCUUGCAUCAUCGUCCAGGAGACAUACACAAUUGUGUUUGUUUGCUUGAAAUAAAAAUACUGUGUCAUGAUUUAGUGUCUUUAAAUUCAGGUCACUUAUCCUGUUGCAAUUUUGAUCAUUUCCCUAUGAAACUGUUUUUUUUAUUCAGUCACAUUGUAAGUUUAAAAGACACACAAUUAAUAAAAAAAUAUAUUUGAA